AUGCGCGUAAGUGCGCCGCGUCUCACGAGCACUACCCACGCUACCGUCAACGAUUGGAUCCGUCGCUUCGACGUGGAAAAUUUCUCUUCCGACGACUUUUCACGCAUUAGACAUCCACACGCUUAUAUCGACAGCGAUUUGGAGGGCUACUGGAAAGUUCUGUCGAGAUGGGUACCCCACGCGCUGACCGAACCCAAUGCUCGCGGGAAUGCCGUGGUGGGAGCUACUGUCGGACAACCACAAGCUCGACGCCAAAGCUUAUGCGCGCCAGCUCCGCGACUUGACCAGUGCACUCCAAGAAAAGCGGCAGAGAAAGUUGACCUGCUGCAGUUCACCUCCUAG